AUGGCUUUUUGUAUCGGACCUUUUUGCGGCAAGUUCCGCGACGAGUUGGGAGGUGAUACAGACAGCGAGGAAGAUGAGGAUGGAAGUAGCAUGCGGGCAAAGUCCAAAAGGACAGCGAAGAGGCGGAGGCCAAAGAAGGAAAGGAAUGUUGCCUCUGCAGCCAUGAUGUGGGCCCCUUACCUGAGCGAAGUGCGGGUUCUUGUGAAGGGUCCAGGUCAGGUGGGCGAAGGGGAGAUGAAAGCUGUCACGCAGUUGAAAACUCCGUAUAACCAGAGCAUUUCCGACAACAUGCUUGCGCGAAUAAAUCAGCUGCAGCAAGUCGAAAUCAUCGAGAUUGCCAAAUGCAACCUCGAUCGCAUUCCGCCCUCCCUCGAGCAGGUGGAGGGCCUCAUGACGUUGUGCCUUUCGUACAACAACAUUCGCAAGUUUUCGAACGAACUGGGCCGAUGCGACUGCUUGGAGAGAGUUGUCUUGGAUUGGAACCAGAUCAGUGAAAUUGAGCCUGGAAUCUUCUCCGAGAGCAACUUUCCAAAGUUGGAGGUCAUCAACUUGUCUCACAAUCGUCUUGCCUUUCUUCCGUCGGAUUUUCCCAAGGCUGCAUCGCAAAACGUCACUGGCUUGCAGUAUGUGGACCUGUCCUACAACCAGCUCACUUCAGUUCCGGCAGCUCUUAUGCAAUGCAGGUCGCUAAAGGAGCUGAACCUUUCUCACAACAAAAUGAGGAUGCUUCCGGAGGAGUAUGGGUUGAAUAAGCUGAAAAAGCUCUUUCUGUCCUUCAAUGAGCUGUCUGCUCUUCCGACGAACAUCGGCACGAGCAAGGAGCUGGAGAAGCUGCGCAUCACUUCGAACCAGAUCAAGAAGCUGCCAUACUCCAUCCUCAAGCUUUGGAAGAAGGAGGGUGGAAAGCUGGAGGAGCUUUUGGUGGACCGAAAUCCGCUGCAAGUACCCAGCAUCACAGCCUUUGAGAUGGAAGCGGGAAUGGGCGGAAUGGACAGAGCGUUCCAUCUGCUACAGGAGAGCAAGCUGGAGCAAGAACUGGCGGAGCAGAAGCAGUUGGUGACCGAUCAGCUAACAAGCGCCCAGCAGGUUGCUGCUUUACCAGCGCCUGCUGCGCCUGUUGAACGCAAGGUUGAAUCGACCCCGUCUGAAUAUGUUGACGAGCAUCUCGAUGCGUGGUACUUUGGACACUGUGUAGGUGAAGAGGCGAAGAUCCGAGAUAUUCGAGAUGCUGAACAGAGCUUUCUUGUAAAGAAGAGGCACACGUACUUGGCGAUGCAAAGAAAGAUUGCAGAGAGCCAGCAGGAGGCAAGCAAAGAUGGCAAGACACAACUCACCGAGCAGACAAAGGCUUUUUUGGAUGAGAAGAGCUAUCAGAACUACCGCGGCCGUAUUCAUGAGCAGGAUAUUGAUCUGUUCUUCAUCCUCUUUGUUUUUGCAGCAAAGCCGAUGUACAAGUCGGCGCAGACUUGGUUCGACAAAUUUGAGAUUGGUGACAAGGGCUUUAUGUCAAAGCAGGAGUGGUAUGAGUUGUGUUUGAACUCGCCCUUGGAUGUGCGGCAGAAGAUGAUGGACGAUCUCUGGAAUGUCCUGUUCGACAGCUCUGUGAGUUCUCAUGGCUUGACAGAGCCGUUCUUCAUCGCUGCUUGCCAGAUCCACGACCUUGAGGCACGCGACCCUUACAUUGAGCGCAUGGCUGAUGCACUUUGCCUGGAUUACUACGACAACACCAUCUCUGAGAUUGAGGCGAAGCUGGCGCCCAGUCGUAUGGAGUUCGGAGUCGGGGGAGGCGAUGGCGAGAACACCAAAAGCAGGUCGGAUGCUUUGUCGAACGCCUUGGAAGAUCCGACUGGACUCAAGAGCGCCAAUCAAUCAGCUGCAAAGCUGCACACGGGUAGCACGUAUGCUGCCAACGAAGUGCACUCAUUGAAAGACAUCUUGAAGAAGGUCAGCCUCACAGACUACGACAUCCAGCAAGUCAGCCAUCUGGAUGGCAUUGAGGAAGGCAGCGAUGCCGAGUCGGAGAAGUCGCGCGACUCCGCCGAGUUGUCCGACGAUGAGAAUUCCGAGAUGUCUGAAUUUGAUGCCCAGGCCUUUUUGCAGGAGGAGGAGCAAGCCAACCUGAAGUCCAGCGGCAAAACGCACCAGCGCUUCGCCAUCGGCAGUGAUGCAUCCCUGAAACAACUCAUGGAGGCUCCGCUGCAGGAGAUUUUCCGAGGUAGACGUGAUGCCAUGCGCGCGACAGAGGUGGCGGGUCCAUACAAGCGCCAGGUGAUCAUCAAACCUCAGCGCAACCGCAGGCAGCACUCGGACGAACUUGCCGUGCGGCGAGCCUUGCGUGAUGUCUACCGGAGCAUGCCGUUCCUGGACUUCUCGGCGUUCAUCAGCUUCUUGCUUCGAACGCUUCACAGCAUCAAGGAAGACAAGAACGACCGCUCAAGAGGUCUAAGCUGCUCAUGGCAUGAUGAUGAUCCUUCGUUCCGACAUGCAGUCGGAGCGGCAGGUCUGAACAAGUACACGUGCCGUCUUCUGGAGAUCAUGGGUUUUGUUCACCUCAACAACAUCUGCUGGAUCUGGCCAACAGUUCACCUGAAAUCUGCCAAGCAUGGAAAGUGCUGGGGCCAUCUGCAAGUGCCUCUGGACUGCCCUGGCUUGGUGAAGGCUCGGCUGGAGCGUAUGAUCCAGAUCCUGACGCAAUGCCUUGUUGCCAUCAAUAACAAGGGGCCGGCCUUUACAGGCUACUUCGAAACCGACUAG